CUCAGCCACAUCAAGUCCAUGGCGCUCAAAUCCGCGCUGGACCUCCGCAUCCUCGAUGCCAUUCACAGCCAUGGCGGCUGCGCCACCCUCCCGCAGGUAGUCGCCGUGGUCAAGCUCCACCCGUCCAAGAUCCCCUGCUUGCGUCGCCUGAUGCGCGUGCUCGCCGCCACCGGCGUCCUCAGCGCCGACCAGAGCCCAUCGGGCUCGGGCGACGACGAACCCGUCUAUGCUUUGACGCCGGUGUCCCGCCUCCUCGUCGACUCCCAGAACCUUGCUCCUCUCGCCGCCAUGGUACUCAAUCCAGCCUUCGUAUCUCCGUUCUUUGAGCUCGGCACAUGGUUUCAGAAGGAGCUGCCGGGGCCGUGCCUUUUCGAGCAAACGCACGGCCGGACCUUAUGGGAGCAAGCCGACCGUGAUGCCACCUUCGACGUGCUCUUCAACGACUCUAUGGCCUCAGACAGCCACUUCAUCAUGGACAUUGCCAUCAAGGAGUGCCCAGGUGCCUUCCACGGGAUAAGCUCCCUGAUUGACGUUGCCGGGGGCCUCGGCGCGGCAGCGCAGGCCAUCUCGAAGGCGUUCCCUGGUGUGAAAUGUAGCGUUCUGGAUUUGGACCACGUCGUCUCCAAUGCUCCGGGUGACACCAACGUGCAGUACAUCGCCGGCGACAUGUUUGAGAGCAUGCCACCGGCGGAUGCUAUAUUCUUCAAGUGGGUUUUGCAUGACUGGAGUAAGGAGGAGUGUAUCAAGAUACUGAAGAAUUGCAAGAAAGUUAUUCCUCCAAGAGAGGAAGGAGGAAAGGUGAUAAUCAUAGAUAUGGUGGUUGAAGAAGGAUCAUCAAACUUGAAGCGGAGGGAGGUGCAGGCCUUGUUCGAUCUAUAUAUGACAAUUAUAAAUGGCAUCGAGCGAGAUGAGCAAGAGUGGAAAAGCAUCUUUUUUGAAGCUGGAUUCAGCGACUACAAGAUAUCACCGGUGUUAGGCGCUAGAUCCAUCAUUGAGGUCUAUCCGUAAAAUGUCGCGCAAGCAAAUGGCUAAACUAGUAUUGAUUGCGUGGGUUUGUACUUUCUAGUCUCUCUUGUUAUACCUAUUA